GCUUUGAUGAAAGCAAACUGGCUUGGUAAAAGCGAGACAGAAGAAUACACAGAAAUUAGGCGCAAGACACCCUAGAUUGGUAAAAUUGUAAAUUGUAAUUACAUAUUGUGCAGAAAGAAAAUAAAUUAUCAAGUGUUUUCAAAUUCUUUUCAGUUUUCCUUUCGGGUCAAUCGAUAAUGCAGUUUUCAUUUUAAAACCAUACUAAAUGUUAUUCAGUCAAUAAUGCGAACUUGUACUGUAUUGUUUGUGAUUAUCGACAAUUAAUAACAGAAAUCACAAAAAAAUUGAAUGAAUGGAUCACACACGUUCGCCAUUACUAUUAGUGAUACGCAAGAUAUAAAAUAAACGACGCAAGUGUUAGACGAUGUGGAAGCGUCAUCUACAUACCAUCUUGAAGGUCUAUUGCAGCAUUUUGUAAAAGGAACAAAGUUUUCUUUCAAUUUUGGCGGGAGGGCUGGCACGUUGUUUCACUAUCGUCAAAAGGCGAUCUGUCACCUGUCGCCUGCGGGCCUCGUCGACGCCGAAAUAAGUUUAUGUUUCACCAGUUUUGUGUAAAAUUAGCAGUGAAAUUAGUGGUGUGCGUUUAAUGUGGACGUUCGACGAUGGUUUUCGCGUAGGGUCGGAUAUGGAUAGCAGGCGAGCGUGCCCAAACUACGAAGUCGGAUUCGACGUUUGCGAUCCGUUGGGAUCGGUGGUGGAGUGGUCGGGCGCGCGUGGUCCGGCUCGGAUUCUGCGGCGGAGGUGCCGCAGCGAGGGUGUCGACCGUUCGCCGUACGAGGAUGCCAGUCGGGAGCACCGUUCUGCGGACGGGGUUUCUCGCCAUCGGCACGCCAACAAGAGUCACUUCACGCUAAGCGCCGAGGAGGCGCACUACGACCGCUUCCGGCACGAGUGCCUGUUGCCCACCUCUGCUGCCGAAAACGGAGACUACCUCAUGGCCCACGACCAGGACAGGUACCAUGGCAGAUAUUCCCCAGGAAGAUCAAAAUUGUACAGAUCAAGUCCGACCAGACCGUUACUGGUGACAACAUUAUCGAACACAAAAGUUGACGACAGACUGCCCAAAGUAGAAGAGUUGUUUGAGAAGGUAGAUCAUGACAUGAUGGAACCGAUGGGGAAGCAACCGUUAAAGUCAAUACUUAAUAACCCACUGCCAAAAUCACCACCUCAGGGUAUACUCAAGAAGCCAAAGAACAGGUCUUACCAGGACUCAAGGACGAGCCUUGAGGGUCGACGGAGAACACGGGCAUCAAGCGAGUCUGAUAACCUCUAUUGUGGAUUUCAAAUUGGAUCACCGAUUCCAUCAUAUGAAAGCCGUCUAAACUACGUGCCGGGCAACAUGAAGCGAGCCAAAGACAACUCAGGUUCAUACUCCUACGGGUCGGCGCUGGCGACGCUGGGUCCGAAAACAUCGUCGAACUACUCGCGGGCGUCGCGGUGUAUGUGCAAGGACCAAGUGUUGGUGACGGAUAGCCACAUGCAUGUGCUUAGGACGACCGCGAUCAACAGCGAUACUGUGGACUCCGUUGAUGAUAUGCCUCGCCAAGACACGCCAACGCCGACGUGUCCGGUGGUGAGCCCGGCGCUCCCAGUCAGCUCGGUGACCGCCAUACCCGUGCUGAAGAAGUCCGUGAAGGCCGUCAAGAAGAAGUCCAAGGCGAAGGUCAAGGUCGCCAAGAUGAAGUCCAGUAAUAAGAUAGAGUGCAGCGUCGUCGAGGGCGAGGCUGACGAUGCCCACAGCAGAUCGCCGUCUCCAGAUACCUUAGACUCUGAGUGGCGGAUGGACACAGAGCCCAUGACUCUAGACAUAGAGAAGCAGGAGAAGCCGCCACCUGCGCCCGCGCUGGAAGCCGUCGACUACAACUGCGUCAGCAAACUGUCCACCAAACUCAACGGGACUGUCGUCACGCCUAAGAAACUUAACUCUAAAGAUAAGAUAAACAACGACCAACUGUUUCUGACUGCGCUGCACACGACCAAUCCGUUCAAAACGAUGCCCACACGCAAAGAAUCCCCACUAAGCCUCCCGGAGUCUGUAUCAAGUUGCCUUCGAGCCUCUUUGUUCCCGCGAGUCCCUCCGUACCUCAAAUUCGUGGCCCACGACGAGGCCAUGCCCCUCAAGAUACCAUUACCAAUACAGAAGCAUCUCAAGUGGAAACUCACCACGAUAACACCAAUAGUAGUUAAGAAAACCCUCACUAACUCAGGAUUCAGAUUGGUGAAGAGCGAUUGUGAUACGGCCGAGUGUCCGCAAGAAGUGAAUUUUUUUUCAGAAACCGUAGAAUGGAUCGGUAUAUGGGGCAAACACAUGAAAUCGAUAAUGUUCAGAGCGAUAAAGGACGGUCAGAAGAUGAAUCACUUCCCGGGCACGUUCCAGAUAGGGAGGAAGGACCGUUUGUGGAGGAAUCUGCAGAAAUUAGCAUCUAAGUAUGGCGUGAGUGAGUUUGGGAUAAUGCCCAAGACGUACGUGUUGCCGCACGACCUGAAGCUGCUCAAACACGAUUGGGAGAAGUACGCGGCUAACAAUGAGAAGUGGAUUAUUAAACCGCCGGCCUCAGCCCGCGGCACCGGCAUCAAAGUGGUCUCGCGAUGGACUCAGAUACCCAAAAAGCGGCCGGUGGUGGUGCAGAGAUACGUGUCCAAGCCGUACCUGAUCAACGGCAACAAGUUCGACAUGCGCCUGUACGUGCUGGUCACCUCGGUCCACCCGCUCAGGAUAUAUCUGUACAAGGACGGACUCGCUAGAUUCGCUUCAGUAAAAUAUAAUGACGAGUUGACGUCGUUAAACGACAGGUACAUGCAUUUGACGAACUACUCGAUAAAUAGACUGUCCAAGAACUACACGCCGAAUGAGGACUUCACUGCCUGCGAGGGACACAAGUGGACACUCCAAACCCUAUUUCACUAUUUAAAGACUGAGAAGAACGUGAACACGGACGCGUUAUGGAACGCCAUGAAGGAUCUCGUGAUAAAGACUAUCAUAUCAGGCGAGGCGAGCAUCAGCGCGCUGACCAAAGCCAAUAUCACCUCGCGGUACAACUGCUACGAACUGUUCGGCAUCGACGUGUUGCUUGAUGAGGAUCUGAAGCCGUGGCUUUUGGAGGUUAACAUAUCGCCUAGUUUGCACAGCGCGUCGCCUCUGGACAUUCACGUGAAGGGACCUCUAGUGACGACUGUCCUCAACAUAGCGCAGUUCCAAGUACCGGUUAGGACCAACCUGGAAAUGCUGUCCAAAGAUAAACCUCAUAAAUUGGCUGGACUACCAUAUGACAGUAGAUUGUACACGGUAUACCUAUCGAAAGAAGAGAGGGACAAACACAUCAUCUACACUAAUAUGGAAGAUCGAGAAAUGUACCUCCGCGACAUCCUGUCAACGUUAACACCGGACGACGUGCGUCACCUGAUCCAAGCGGAGGACGAGUUGACGCAGACCGGCGACAUGGAGCGCGUGUUCCCCACCAACCACACGCACAAGUACCUCGCGUACCUCGCCGGCCCGCGGUACUACAACCGACUGUUCGACGCGUGGGAGACUAGAUACGGCAAUAAUAGGAAUUUGGGUAUCGACCUGCUGCGCAACCUGUGCGACAUCGGGUACCACCUGGAGACGCCGCCGGUGCCGCUGAAGCGGGCGGCGGCCCAGCUGAGCGCGUUGGAUCGUUCCAGAAUGACGUGGACGCGCCGUCGCCGGCCCCCUCGGAGCGGCCCUCCGCGUCGUCCGUGUGGUCGGGCGGUGUCGGCGGGGCUGGCGGCGGGGGCGGGGCUGGCGGCAGCGCGGGCUCCCUGCCCCCCGCGCACGCGCCGGCCCCCGGCGGCUCGGCGCACGCGCGUGUGUGCGGGGAUGCGCACGCGCUGCCUGCCGGCCCCCUCGCCCCCCUCGCCCCCCUCGCCGCCGCGCUCGAGCCCCGCGCCUAGCGCCACGCGAGCCGCCUGCGAGUCAUCCUCAUCGCCGGCGACACCAACACAACCACACACACAUGCAACCAUAAUGUAUACGAUAACACCUAACAGUAAGUAAAGGUACAUCCGCAGUCGAUGUGUAAUAGCCAUUUAACAUAUGGCGAAAAUAUUGUCAACAUUGAUAGAUCAAUUGGUUACCACGAUUAUAGAGCCACUGGUCGCGAGCUUUGCAGUAAAAUUGCCAAAUAUAUUUGUGUUGGUUCAUUGUCGGGCCGCUGUAGAAUAAAUGGUAAAGAAUAUAAUGAGUUCGGAUGUUCGACGAGUUCUCGUAGAUCUUUCUUGGCUACAAUUUUAAUGAAAUUAUGGAGUUGUGUGAUUUUACUCACGUGUCCACAACUAUUUGACGUACACAAAUGUACUCCCUCGCUAUGACUUUUCAAUUUAUGUUGGUUGAAUCGAAAUUUUAGAUUAAUAAAAUAUUUGACAAUAAAUAAAUACAGCUUUUUUUAGAAACAUUAGCGUUAUAAGCUCAGUAAUAUCAUCAGGUUUAUAUUAUCUAAUGAAUUUUUAUCAAAAAAAUUGCCAAGAAAGAUUAUUAAAUAACCGCAGGCUCGGUUAAAGUAGAAAGCACCAUCACUUAAAAAAUCGAUAUUAUAAUACGAUUUAUAUGUGCUAGAUGCGUUUCUAUUGAAAAAACAAAAGUGAAGUAAUAUGAAGAAGAAUUGUUAAGAAAAGUUAAUGAUAGAAGAGAGCUUAUUUUGUAAAAAUAUUAUUAAAUUUAAUAGUAAAUUAAAUGGUAAUAAUGUCACUCGACAACUUUAAUUUGUGUGAUCUUUAACAUUUUAUCGAUAUCGAUCUAUAAAAUAAAAUAAAAAUCUUCAUAGCCAAUAGAUACAGAAAUUAUUGUUCUAGAUGUUUAAUGUGAUCAUAAAAUAAGUCUAACGUUUAAAAUAUUUAUUUUAUUGCGUGUGUAAUAUUCGAAUUAAUAAUAACGUUAAGUAGUACAAAAGUACUUAAAAAUACUAAAAUUGAACAAAGCAAUUACAAUGCUGGCAAUAUGACAUAAAACACGCGAUAAAAUAAAUUAAUUUAUAUCGAUAUAAACCAUUUAUCGACAUCGAUUUUAUGCGAAUAUUAAUUUUCUUUAAUUACGUAAUUAAAUAUAAUUAAAGCUGUCGAGUAUUAGUUAUUAAUGCCCUUUCUAUUUUCUGCAUCUUGAAUUUACUAAAUUUACAUUCCGGGUGAAUAAUUUUUACUUCUUGCUCGAAUUCAAAAAAACAUACGAAAUUGAAUAAGAAAUAUGUACGUGCAUCCCUUUGGUUGAACAUAAGUAAAAUUGUUUUUAUUUUCUUCGUAAAUUAAAAAAAAAUAUUCAUUUUACUUCACUGAAUUUUCGUGUAUUUCGGUUACUAUCUGCAGCUAAUAAAAAAAAUGUUUAGAAAAAUCUUUCUGCUAUAGUAUGUUUAACUAAAGGGAUACAACAUAGAUUUAUUUAAACUUAAAUUUAUAUUUCUAUAUUCUCGUAGCCUUACUCCUAAUGUGUUUCUAUUAGAAAGAUAAAAUAUACGAUUUCUGAAAGCUUUCUAAUAUGAAGAGGAAUCUCGCUUAUUGUGUUUAAAUUUGAGUGCGGUUUAAGGAGUAUCAUUUUUAAUAUGUUGGAGAGUCGUAGCGUCGAUAUAUAUAAAUUUAUGAAUCUUUCAGAAAACGAUAUUUUUAGUCUAUACAUUGAGACUGAUAGACAACAGUCGUAGAUUUUAACUUGAACAAAUAAUGUACAUAAGUUUAUAAACUAUAAAAGCUAUCUAUGUAAGUGUAGUUUUUGUUCGUCAGUCUUAAUUUUGUGCGUGGCGGGUUUAAAUUAUCAAGUUGUGAGGAAAUUAAUUGUUAAAUUCAUAAAUGUGUCAACGACAAUAGCUCUUCGGAAGAAGUAAAAUUUUCUAACUUUCGUUGUACACAAAUUGUCUAUUUUGAAUGAUCUAGUGACUUGAUGUUUUAUCCUUGAAUGCAAAUUAAUUUAAGUGUUUAAGCUUAUGCAACCUGGAGAUUCUAAAAUGAAUAAACUAAUGGUAAUUUUACAUUAUUUCCAUAAUUACAAUGUGUUCAUUGUAUACCUAGUGUGGCUAGAUUAGUGAGUUUGUAACGCUCGUGGUGUCUUGAAUCGUGUUCAAGUGUCGAUAAGAAUCGAUUAAAAUUGGGUGUAAAUAAUAUAAAAUUAAUUUAAAUCGAUUCGAUGGGUAGUUUCGAUUGUCUCCAUUCCUUUUAAUGAGAAUUAAUAUGCUGAGUAUUAUGUUCAAUUGAAAUUACCAGUGUAUUUUCAUUUAACUAUAAUGAAUGAGUGUAUCAAUAUAACUAUUGUUUCAUAAAUUAUUAUCAGUGUAAAAUAAUAAAUUGAUUGGAACAUCACACUUGUAUUGCGAUUUACUUUAAUUUAUUUUUGAACAUCGAUAUGUUUUUUUUUUUAUUUGUAAUUCAUUUUGACUCUGCCUUUAUGUGUACCAGUCGGAUUUAAAUACAAGCGAAUGUGACAUUU